UGCUGCAUGUUGGCCUUCUCAAAUGCCUACUAAGCUCUAUUCUUCGAUCUUCCCAUCUGUCGUCUUUCUUUCCUUAGUUUUCCUCUUCCUUUACUCCACUUUACUCCCUCUUUAUACCAACAACCACUCCUCUUCACCGCCCAUUAAAAUGUUCCUUCGUUCGUUCUCUUCUUCUUGCAACCUUUUCAAUGGUCAUUGGGUCUUAAACUCCACCAAACCCAAGCCUUUCUACGAUGAAGCCUGCCCGUUUCAUAGAAACGCCUGGAAUUGUCUUAAGAACAAGAGGGACAACAUGGGAAUCAUCAAUUCCUGGAAAUGGGUGCCCAAAGAUUGCAGGCUGGAGAGAAUUGAUCCCUGGAAGUUCUUGGGUUUGAUGAGGAAUAGGAAUAUUGGCUUUGUUGGGGAUUCUUUGAGUGAAAAUUUUUUGGUUUCUUUUUUAUGCAUUCUUAGAGUGGCUGAUUUAGGUGCUAAAAAGUGGAAGAAAAAGGGUGCUUGGAGAGGGGCUUACUUUCCCAAGUAUAAUGUUACAGUUGCCUAUCAUCGGGCUGUUUUGCUUGCCAAAUACAAGUGGAAGCCAAAACAAUCAAAGGUUUCUGAUCAAGAUGGACUAAAAGGAAUAUACCAAGUUGAUGUUGAUACUCCUGCAGACGAAUGGAUCAGCGUUACCGACUUCUAUGAUGUUCUUGUUUUCAACACUGGCCAUUGGUGGGGCUAUGAUAAAUUCCCGAAAGAGACACCUCUUGUUUUUUAUCGACAUGAGCGACCAAUAAGUCCCCCCUUGGGACUAUUGGAUGGCCUUCAAGUUGUUUUUGAAAAUAUGGUUCACUACAUUCAAAAGGAAGUUCCUAAGAACACUCUCAAGUUCUGGCGGCUUCAAUCACCAAGACAUUUUUAUGGUGGUGAGUGGAAUCAAAAUGGCAGUUGCUUGUUUGACAGACCCCUUGAAGAAGGCCAGCUUGACUUGUGGUUUGAUCCCAGCAACAAUGGAGUGAAUAAAGAAGCAAGGGCGCUUAACCAUCGAAUUAAAGAGGCACUGGAAGGCACAAAUAUUCAUUUGCUUGAUCUGACUUAUUUGAGUGAGUUUAGAGCAGAUGCCCAUCCAGCAAUUUGGUUAGGAAAGAAGGAUGCGGUGUCGACUUGGGGCCAGGACUGCCUGCACUGGUGCCUACCUGGUGUCCCUGACACAUGGGUUGAUAUACUGGUUCAACUAAUCCAUAAUAACUUGGGGACAGAGUAAUGAAAUGUGAACAGAAUCUGAUCAAAUUGUUUCAACAUUCACUUCGGAUAAAGCCAAGCAGCACCCUUUGCAUGCACUGAGUAGGUGAAUAGAGGAUACAGGUGAAUGGCAGUAGACUGGUCUGUUUGGAGAUGAAAGACUGUUGGGUGUUUGAAAAUUGAUUGCUGCUGCCCUCUGAGAUCUCUUUUUAUGGAUGCUUUCAGCUUUUCCUUUUUUCGUUUUUGGGUGGUGCGGAGUGGUCAUAAUACCAGAUAUUUGCCAAUUAUAACAGUGGAUCAAUCACAUAUUAGAUGUCAAUCAAGUUUGAGAGUGCAGGCGGAGUCAAAGAAGAGGAUUGAAAAAUGAGCUGAGAAAUUCAUCUACAUUCCAUAGGUUUAACAUUCAAAUGUGUAGAAAGAAUACCCUUUUUGCUUUUGUACUUAUUCAGUUAAUUCUUUUUAUGCCUUAACCUUUCUGAACUAUGAAAUUAAAUGUCACUGCAGCUUAUUUUUUAGCUCUUGUUCUCAGCAGACUUGGUUAUCGAUACGCCAUUCACUUGAGUUGAAAUGCAGAUCCUUUUUAAGCAAACAUGUUUCAUUGACAAGAUACUUGCUCCCACUUUACUCUCUUCCAUCCUUAUUUUUAUUUUUUUUCUUGGAGAAUCUUCAGCAUGUAAAGUCCUGGAUGGAUACUUCAGCCUUUGGACAG